UUUCUCUCUCACAUGCCUGAGCCCUGCUCAGAAUGCUGCUAAGUUAAGUCUGCAGAGUUCUGUGAUUUCUUCAUCUUCUUUCUGUGAGAAGGCUCUGAUACAGUCUCUGACCAGCACUGCUACUUGUCUGCACUGUAUUAAGCAGCUGAAGAAGAGAGAGAUUUUAUACAUCUAUUUCUUCUCUCACUUCUAUUAUUUCUGUUACAUCUGUAACAAUGACUUCUGUCUUUCUAUACUCAAGCAGUACAGAGUGAGAAUCUUGAAGCUUCAAGUAUUGACAGAUUUUAUCAAGACUGAGAAGAUCUCUCUUACUCAUCU